GCUUUAUCAACAGAGAUAGGAAGUCUCUCGAUUUGCCACGAAAAUGUGAUGGCAGCACAAUGCAUAUGCAAAGUGUGUGACUUAACCUAAAAUCACAGUACAAAUAUAUUCACGUGUAGCUUUGCAAUGGCUUGGAAUAGUUUUAAGUGUCUACUCGCGUUUAUUGAUUUCUCGCUUAUUGUAAUGAAUUGUUAAUUGAGAACACGUCUAUUUCAAAGAUACUAAUUAUUUUUAUCUAUAAAUAUAGUUUUCGAUUGGACGUCAUUAAAUUGUUAACGUAUAAAAACCGGCAAUUUUUAUUAAAUGUAAUUACCUAUGCUAUAAGAUUUUAUUGUUAUUAUUCAUUUUUAUGUUGUACUGCACAUGUGAUACAUGAAUUAUAUCUAGAACGAAGAUGAGUUUAUUUGUUAUAAACAGAUACGAAGAUGAAAGUAAGGAGGAUAAUAAUGAAACAGAUCAUUUGUCCGAAUUGUUGAAGAGGAUAGAAGAUCGUAAAAGGCAAAGGGCGGCAGCAAGUAAUAAAUCCACGUUAAAGGAUGGAAACAAUUUGGAGGAACCUAAGAAAAAGAAGAAAAAGAAGUCGCCUAAAGCAGUGAAAACUGAUUCACAUAUUGAGGAUCAAAAUGCUAGGAGUGAGAAGAAUAGCUGUGAACUAGCUGAGCUGAUUUCUGCCACAGAUAUGAACUCUGGCAAGACCGACAAAUGCCAGAUCCUUCAGAGAACCGUCGAACAGAUGCAGCAUAUUAGGCAACAAGAGAGCUCCAAUAGUAAUGCUGUGCAACAGAUGGCAGACUGUUUUGUGUUUACUUUAAAUCCAGACGGCCGCGUGGUGUACGUUUCAGAUAACAUUAGGAAGUACACAAGCCACACGAAGGACGACGUACUCGGAAAAGAUAUUUAUAACUUUAUACAUCAGGGAGAUCACAACAUCUUCAUGUCGUCUUUAGACUUGACUAGCGAACCACAGUCCAUAAAACGUCGAAUCGAUUGCCGUUUUUUGGUGGAUCCUCUCGAAGAUAGGGAAGUGACUAUAAAAAAGAAGCAACAACGAGUAGCGAAGUACGAGACUAUGAAUGUCACGAUAAAGACUGUUUCUUUGCUCAGUAAUGGAUCAAUAGAAAGCGGUGAUGUAUCCUCCGAAUCAGCUACUGGACGCGUGAUGUGCAUAGUGAGUAAAAUAUCAUCGAGCAAACUUAUUACGCACGAAAGCGACUUGACAACUAAUUCCACCAAUGGGGACAAUGGCUUAAUGUCUAUCGAGGAUGAUCAGCUUUCCAACAACAAAGUGUGCUCAGGACACUCUAGCAACCGUUGUGUGACUAAUAGUAGUAAUAAUAACGGUAACAAUAAUAGUAACAUAAUAGAAACAGCCGAAGUGUCAACAAAAAAGAAGAAAAAGAACAAGAAAAAAGACAUUGAGAAUGAACAUCAUUCUGUCGCAACAGACAAAAAUAUAGUUGUUGAAGAAAAGGAUGAAAAUUUAACAGAGGAAAAUAAUAACGAAGAUACUACAAAGAAGGAAGUACCUUUGCAGAGCAGUUUCAUGGUACUAGGCGCAAAAGCUCGAAAAAAGCCGCGCGAAGUGAAGAGAGUGUUACCAGAUUGGUUGGCACAUCCCGAAGUUAUAUCUGCCGAUUUAAAUAGUGGGCCUACUUUGGAAGAAAUGGAAUCAGUUUUGGAUGCAAAAUUGAUGGAGGUUUUAAGAGCCAAUGGCAUUGUUAAAUUAUUCCCGGUCCAAUUUAGCGUAAUAAAAUGGUUACACAAGUGCAAAACGGAUAGGAAAUUGGGAUGGUGGCCCAGAGAUACUUGUGUAUCUGCGCCUACAGGCAGUGGCAAGACUCUGGCCUAUGUAUUACCGAUUGUACAGGAAUUGCAAACACGAUCGGUACCGAAAAUUCGCUGCUUGAUCGUUUUACCAGUGCAAGAACUGGCCGCGCAGGUUCAUAAAGUAAUGGUCGCUUAUACGUCUCACACAAAUCUGAAGGUGGGCUUACUCUCGGGUGCAUUUCCGUUUGAGCAAGAGCAAAACAGUAUAAUUAAGAAAACUGAAAAGGGGAAGUACUUAUCCACGGUGGACAUCGUAAUCGCGACAUCUGGACGCUUAUUGGAUCACAUAUUAAAGACCCCUGGAUUUUCCUUGGAUUGUUUAAGAUUUCUCGUCAUCGAUGAAGCCGACCGUGCAACAGAUUGGUUACAAUAUUUACCCGAACCUCACUCUCGGGCUCCUGUUUUAACGCUUGGAAACAUGCGGGCAAGCAAAAUUACACCAGCUCAAAAGCUAUUGUUUAGCGCAACCCUGUCGCAAGAUCCCGAGAAGUUGAGCCGGCUGGGCCUUUUCCAGCCAAGAUUGUUCACAACCGUAGUGACCGAGAAAGACACUGAUGUAAAUUUAGACACGAUCGCGGGUGACUUCGUCGGACGCUACACGAGUCCAGAGGAAUUGACCGAACUCGCGGUGGAAUGCUCGCCUUCCUACAAACCAAUUGUCCUGUAUCAGCUGUUAACGAGGCACGAUGUCAUUCCUAAGACUCUCGUUUUCACAAAUUCCGGACAACAGGCCCACAGACUAGCUCUCUUGAUGCAAUUACUCUUGUCAGAACGGAAUGUCAUAGUGGGAGAAUUAUCCGCCCAGCUUGCGUCAAAGCAACGUGAGAGUGUUCUGAGCAGAUUCGCAGGCGCAGAUAUACAUGUAUUAAUAAGCUCGGACGCGCUGGCUAGAGGCUUGGACAUUCCGGAUGUGCAGCUAGUCGUAUCUUACGAUAUCCCGAAGUACAUCAAGGGCUACAUACAUAGAGCUGGUAGAACCGGUCGGGCGGGAAAACCGGGCACUGCGGUGUCCAUACUCGCGACGAAUCAGGUCGGAAAAUUCAAGCAAAUGUUAAGCGGUGCACAUAAAACCGUGCCCAACAUCGAACGAAUGGAGUUGCAUGCCACUGCAAACGCGGUUAACUAUGAGGGUCACCUUGAGAAAUUGACAGAGAGUCUUGAAAGGGAGAAGAACAAAAGCUUGGAACGAACGAAGGCUAUUAAGCAUAGACGUGUGGCAAACGUGACCAAGCAAAAUGAAAGUGUAGGAUAAUAUUUUAUGUGAAAAGAGGAAUAAAAAGAUACAAACUUAUUUGCGUAA